AUGAACGCCAAUUCAACUAUUGUCCCACUUUACGCGCGGGCGGACGCCGGAUCCAAGCACAACUCGGUGGCAGACGUUGCACCCAGACCAUGCCACGAGGAUUACGACGGCGGAAUGGACGCCGACCGUCGAGAGGCGAGCGAGACCGUGCCUGGGACAAAUCCAGCAGCUCCCGAACGAGCAACGCUGCAACUUGGCGACGAGGCUGUCGUGCCCGACUCGCUGGGUCGCCAGAAGACACCGUCUGAUCUCUAUGUGCCCGAGUCACCCCAAGCGACGACCCGGAUUGAGCCUGACCGAGGCGCGGCGCCCAGCCCGCUCAGUUCGCCCGACAGCGAUUCGUUCGCUGUGUUUUGCUUCUCGUUGCAACCUGCUGCAAAUGCGGAGGCAGCUCCACGAGACGAUCUGGACCACUCUGUGCGGUACAUCCAUCCUGGCUUGCUUGCUCCAGGUCUGCAACCCGACGUUUCGAGUCAGUUGGAUGAACAACCUGAUGCUGAACAAUCUGAUGCUGCACAAUCUGAUGCUGCCGAUUUGGAAUCCAAGUCUCAGGAGCACACAACAUUGCUCUGCGAAGAUGACUGGGUCCAAAUGUCAUCAGUGCAUCACGUCUCGGACGGCCGUCUUCAGUCGCUUUGCAAGAGCGACGACGAUGACGACGACCAAAGCAACGAAAGCUACGACGAUGGCGACGCUCAGCUCGGGCUCUGCUACAUUCGUCUGCAUGACUCGAGCGACAUGGGUGAUCUAAGCCAGAAUAGCGCUGCAGAUGAUAAUGCAGUCGAGUUGAGCCAGGACCAGCAGCAGUUUGACGAUUGCGAAAACUUUGGCGACACGACCAUCCUGCCAGAAGACUACGCCGAUCAAGAAGACUUGGCAGCAACUGCUCCGGAAGUGCACAUCUUCUCGUCUGUGCCAAAAACAUCGAGGCAGCUUCUUCAAGACAUUGAAGGCAUCGUGCUCAAUACCAUUGCAGCCAUCGUCGAGGAAGAGGUUCCGUACUUUGAGUUUCACUCUCGUGUUAGACAGCAAGGCAUUGUGUUUGACCCGCAAGUCGGAUUUCGUGUGCUCCUUCACAACAAGUUGACCAAAGUGGACAUGUUCAACUCGCCCAGGCGCUUUGCCGUCAUGUGGAAGGUCCUCGAGUGCAUCUUUGAGCUGCUUCGUCGCAAACUCAACACCACCAAACGAGACCUCUUCUAUCUCGACGUUCCGCUGUUUGGCAGUCAAAAAUCCGUGGACUGUGCCAUUGACGACAUUGCUUGUCUCUUGCAAGUGUCGCGUGCGCAACUGCACUGCAUUGCAUCCUUCAAAGGGCUGAUAUGCGGCAAUCUGGAAGUCUCAUUCGAGCCAUUGGAUGAGCUUGAAGACCAAGAAGACGGCGAGCAGCGCGCGUUCUUGAGCACACAGCUUGAAAGCAAGUUGCUCCCGCGCGAUAUCGAUGACAUUACGGUCAUGCAGACCACCGCCGAGUUUGUGCUGAUUGUCGAGAAGGAGGCUGUCUUCCACCGUCUCCUCAACGAUCGGGUGUUUGACCAUAUCGGCGACUGCAUUGUGAUUACGGGUAUUGGUUAUCCAGACAUCCAAACAAGAUCGUUCGUUCAUCGCCUUGCAGAAAUGUGCGGCCUGCCAAUGUACGCACUGGUUGACUGCGAUCCCCACGGAUUUGACAUUCUGUGCAACUACAAGUAUGGCUCGCGUGCGCUGGCAUUUGACAGCGAAAACCUGACCGUUCCUUCGCUUCGUUGGCUCGGCCUCCUGCCCAGCGACAUUGACAAGUUCAACAUCCAAGAGGCAAACUGGCUCGCAUUCAACCAGUACGACACUGGCAAGCUGACAUCCUUGCUCAACGCACCGUUCCUGACAUUGCCAGAUUUGCACCUGUGGCGAGAAGAGCUCGAGUUGAUGCAAGCCCGCGGGAUCAAGUGUGAGCUGCAGGCACUCAACGUGGAUGGGGACCUGACGUUUCUCACCGGCAGGUUUCUUCCCCACAAGUUGCAGUCUGGGCACUUUUUGUUGUAG